CAUACACAUACAGCGCGGGAGAGUUUGGCUGAAGUAACUGCGAAUGAUCCUUAUAAGUAUAAAUUUAUAUUUAUAGACAGGCUGUGAGUUAUCAAAGCUUUUAGAGAAACGUUAAGUGCUGAAUGAAAUGCAAAGAAAGACAGCGGGAUAUUCAUUUCAGGACAGAUGAAACGAAGCUAUAAUGGGUGACAGGACUCUACCUGAAUGGAUGAACAAACCUCAGGAAGAACAUACAUCAGGAACCUAUAAAAAGAAUGUUCUGGAGGAUGAUCUUCCUUAUCUGGAAUUUGGUGGGACAGUGACAUACAGCCAGGAAAGACAUGACUGCUCAUUUUUAUCAGAAGAUUUAAGAUAUGGUUUGGGAUCAGGUUCAGCGGUGGGAUUUGAUCUGGAAUGGCCACCCAGCUUCACCAAAGGGAAGACAAAGAAAGUGGCUGUAGUGCAGCUGUGCGCAUCAGAGGAGAAAUGCUAUCUGUUUCACAUCUCCUCCAUGUCAGGGUUUCCUCCUGGCCUGAAGAUGUUUUUGGAGGACGAAAAUAUCAUGAAAGUUGGUGUGGGAAUUGAGGGUGACAAAUGGAAGUUAUUAUCUGAUUAUGACAUCAAAUUGAAGAAUAUUGUUGAGCUCUCUGAUCUGGCAAACAAGACGCUGAGAUGUUGUGAGAAGUGGAGUUUGGAUGGUCUAGUGAAACACUUGUUGAAGAGGCAGCUCUUCAAAGACAAACUUGUGCGCUGUAGUCAAUGGGACGAUUUUGGUCUGUCAGAAGACCAGAAGAGAUAUGCUGCCACAGAUGCUUACGCUGGAUUGCUCAUUUAUCAGAAUCUACAGGAAAUUAUAUCUGGCCGCUCAAAAACCUCAGCACUCAGUUUGAAGCAGAAAGUUUUUCAGAUUGCUUGUGAUCUUAAAGAUCUCGCUGAUAAUCUUCCAGAUGAAAUCGACUGCAUGAACAGUGCUGAGAGACUAGUCGCUGAUCUGUCUCAGACAGUUGCAUCUCUGAGAUGCACUUUGUUGAAUGGCAGCAAACCACUUGAUCCAUCAGUUGAAGAAGCUGAGACUAAGCCACAGAACCAAGACCAGAGCCAUAGUCAGCUUGAGGAAGACGCUGACAGACAAACUAAGAGAGAGUGUGUGAUGUCUCUGGAUAUCUCAGAGUACGAGCUGCAGAUGCUGGAGGAGCAGGCCAGACAGGAGCAGCUGGAGGAAGAGUGUAUCUUAGCUUUCCAGACUCAGCAGGCAUCAGCCCCCCAGAACUCUAAUGACAUGGAGAGUGAUGAAGAUUUUGAUGAUGAAAUGAUGAAGUGUGCUGCUGACAUAGAAAGAUUAAAUGAUGAACAUGUUCAUGAGAAACAGGCACUUGCUGAAGAUGAUGAUGAGGAUGUUGAGGAAGACGAGGAAGAGGGGAUUGAUUCAAGCAUCCCACAACCUGUUCCUGAACAAAUUAAAUGUUUAAAAAUGUACUUUGGACAUCACAGCUUUAAACCGGUUCAGUGGAAAGUGAUUCACUCCGUUCUCACAGAGAGGAGGGAUAAUCUUGUUGUCAUGGCAACUGGUUAUGGGAAGAGUUUGUGUUUCCAGUUUCCUCCAGUUUACUGCCAGAAUGUCAGUGUGGUCAUUUCCCCUCUCAUCGCGCUGAUGGAGGACCAGGUGCUUCAGCUAACAAUGUCAAACAUUCCUGCUUGUUUUCUUGGAUCUGCUCAGACCAAAUACCUAUAUGAUGAAGUGAAGAGGGGUCAUUUUAGAGUGGUGUACAUGACACCUGAAUUUUGCUCUGGGAAUAUUCCACUUCUAGUGCAGCUCGACAGGACUAUUGGUUUAUCACUGGUUGCAGUAGAUGAGGCUCAUUGCAUCUCUCAGUGGGGUCAUGAUUUCAGAAGUGCGUAUCGUGACCUGGGGAAACUCAAGAAGAAUCUCCCUGGUGUUCCUAUUUUGGCGCUCACGGCUACUGCGAGUCCGUCUAUCCGUGAGGACAUCGUUAAGAGCCUACAUCUGAUCAACCCUCUGAUCACCUGCACCUCGUUUGACCGACCAAACCUUUACCUGGAUGUCAAUCGCAAGUCUGGUGACGUUAUCCAGGACCUCAAACAAUUUCUCGUCAAAAAGAAAGGGGGUGGCUAUGAGUUUGAAGGUUCAGCCAUUGUGUACUGUCCAUCAAAGAAAGAGGCGGAGCGUGUGACGGCAGUGCUGUGUAAGCUGGACAUCCCAUGUGGGGUUUAUCAUGCGGGUCUGAGCAUCAAACAGAGGAGAGAAACCCAGCAUCAGUUCAUGAGGGAUGAGAUUCAGUGUGUGGUGGCCACUGUGGCGUUCGGAAUGGGCAUAAAUAAAUCUGAUAUCAGGAAAGUCAUCCAUUACGGAGCUCCCAAAGAGAUGGAGUCAUAUUAUCAGGAGAUCGGAAGGGCCGGUAGAGACGGGCUGCCCAGCGCCUGUCACGUCUUAUGGAUGCCCGGAGAUAUGGUCCUGAACAGAUUCAUUCUCAAUCAAUCCAAAAGUGAGCGCUUUAGAGGUUACAAAAUGGACAUGAUGGCAAAAAUGGAAAAGUAUCUUAAUUCUACCAAGUGCAGGCGAAAGUUGAUUUUGUGUCAUUUUGAAGACAAGCGUCUGAGGAAAGUGACUUCUGGAAUUAUGGGUAGCAGUAAUUGUUGUGAUAACUGCAAUUCAGGUGUAAACACUGGGGAUCCAGAGGUGGUCCUACAGGACUUUGGCACAUGUGCGUAUCAGCUGAUGAAGGCCAUCAGCACUAUGGAGGAGAAGUUUGGCAUCACAGCACCCAUCCUCUUGCUGCGGGGCUCAAACUCUCAGCGGGUUCCAGAUCACUUUCGGAAGCACUUUCUCUUUGGUAUCGGCAGGGCAAUCUCAGAAACUUGGUGGAAAGCUCUUAGCCGAGAACUUGUUGCUGAAAAUUAUCUGAUGGAAACCACAGGCCACAACAAAUUCACCAUCCUCUGUAAACUCACACCCAAGGGCAGAUCAUGGCUAAGUAAAGCUGAAGACGAGAGGCACAGACAACUCCUGCUGCAGCCCAACAUGAAUCUGUUCAGCAAAGUGUGUGUACCACGGAGAAAACCAGAUCCAGCACAUGUUGAGUCUACUACUUCUAAGCUGAAGUCAGAUUACACUCGGCCCUCUCUUAUUUCAUUUCAGAGGCAGAAGGUCAGUUCUAUAGUUGACAGCCAUCAGAUUGUGGAGAAAGCAGGUUUACCAUCUAGACCAGCUGUUAGGCCAAACCAGAUGCACACUGAUGUCAAAGCCCAGACUCCAGCGGUCUCAGCGAGAGAAGUCCAGCUGCAGUCUGAACUGUAUGGUAUGCUGGUGUCGGAGCGUCAGAAGUUAGCUGGUCUCAGAGACAUCCCACCAGCUGUACUGGCCACCAAUAAAAUACUCCUGGACAUGGCAAAAUUAAGGCCGUGCACAAUAUCCAGCUUGAAACAGGUGGAUGGAGUUUCAGAAGCAAAAGCAGCAAUGUUAACACCUCUGAUUGAUGUCAUCGCCACAUUCUGUCAGUCACACGGCUUAAAGGUGGAUGAUUCUUCCAGCUCUACUCCACCUGUCCAAACAGAGUCUAGCCGUGAGUACAGUUCUGUGGGUCAGUUUCUACCGGACAGUGUCUCUGUCACAUACAGACUGUUUCAGCUGGAGCACAAGAGCAUGAGGCAGGUAGCAGAUGCUCGCAGUCUGCCCAUGGCAGUGGUGGAGUCUCAUCUGUUGCAGGCUCAGAAGAUGGGCUGUGCUGUGGACACGGACAGAGCUGGACUCUCACCCUCCAUCUACAACACAAUCAGAAAAAUCAUCUCCUCUCCUCCAGUCAGCUCAGAUCUGAGUGAUUUUAAAGCGAUCCGGUCUCGUGUCCCUGAAGAUAUCAGUAACUUCCUGCUCAGGCUGGCGCUUUAUAAACUCCAGAGAGAUGCUUCAUCCACAGCACAACAUGACAUCACCUGGAUAGAGCCGCUGGAUAAAUCAGUGACUGCAGACAGACCUGCUGUUAAACAUGUGAUUGAAGAGUCACAGCAUGAGGCAGACGUCAUGGACAUGAAUGAAGAUGAACUCUUCAUCAGUAUUCCCAUGCCACAGGAUUCCUGCUUGAGUGCUGAUGUCCGUCUGAAGCCAUGUGACCCAGUUCCUCAGAGCAGUGGAAUGGAACUGGCCUCCUGGAACCAGGAUAACCUGGAUAAAGACACACAAGAUCUCUUCAGCGAUUCACCUGUGAAGACUGAGAGUCAGCCUAUAAAAAGAAAACUGCCUGACUGGGCUGAAGGACCAAACACCUCAGUAACUGCUGCUACUCAGAAGAAAACCAAAAAGAAGAAAGGACUUUUCAGUUAAUACUUAAUACUUAUUUUGUACAAGAUUUAAAACUAUUUUUGUUCAUGACCCUGAACACUGAUAUGACCUAAUUCUACAAGAGCGUCUCAUUAUUUUUCUGUAUUUGUUCUCAAGGCUCCUGUUGCCAGCAGCUUGAACUCCUCUAGGUAUUUUUCAGUUUUCUUACAGGCUCACACACUAGUUAGGAAAUCUUUUUAGAUUUGAGCGUAUCAUGUUUCUGCUUCCGUGAGUGGCCUGGCGCUGUACACUACUGGCUUCCACCUGUCGCUGUGGAAACACUCCUCCCAGAGUCCCACACAACUCCCAGACCUCAAAAACGGGCCUUUCUAAAGCGUAGUUGGGACUUUUUUGAAUUGCCUCAUUCCUGAGUGUAAAAAUGUUAAAUAAUUGACCAAAGACGAUACGAUUUUGAUAGUUAAGAAUGUUUAUUGCAAGGGGCAAAUACUUUAAUUUAAAAAAAAUAAAAUACAAACGGCUGUAGUUAAUACAGUAAUGGUGCAAUUUCAGUUAAUGUUUUGGUGUUCACAGUGAUUUUUUUUUUACUUAUGCUAUGUAUUUAUUUUACUCAUGCUUGCUAUAACAGUAGCAGCUUAUUCAGAGAGCAGUAUUUGUAUACCCACAUAACAACAGAGCCUUAAAGUGUGCCAGAUUUGUGUCCCUUACAUCUCUUACUGUUAUCAUUAUCAUCAUCUGCUUUGGCAGGACGUUCUGCUUUCUCAUGAGCACUUCUUCUCUGAGUCUACCUCUGUCCAACCUCAGUGUGAACACAAAUGAGCAGCUUUUGUACACCUGACUGAUUUUGUGUCUGUAGCUUGUUCUAACCAGUGUAAAUCAUCGUUUUGUAUAAAAAUGUAACAAUAAAAAUCAAAUAAUUAAAGAUAUGCGACUACCCGCA